AUGCCCCAGUGUUCUCUGAAGGCUCAGCUUGAGGCUUGUUGCCACAGUAUCAAUACAUCUGCUCUUGCAUACACCCCAGAGGGGAAGGGUUCGGGGGCAGAAAGGGAAAAGAGGAAAGGAGAAAAGCCCGGCGGCUGGAAAACGGUGCUUAAUAGAGGGGGGGUGCGGCGGGGGCGCGGGGCAGAAGCCAGGAGGGCUGAGCAGCGAGCCGCGAGGAGGCGGAGGGAGGAGGGCGGGCGGCAGGCCGGCCGAGCAGCGCGGGCGAGGGAGGCGGCGGGGGACACGGGGGCGGGGGCCGAGUGGGCGGUGCGGGGCCGAGGAGCCGGCGGGCCGCUUCGGGGCCGCGGGCGGCACAUUCCGGGCAGGCGCAGUGCGCGGGCGAAAGCUCAGGCGCUCCGAGCCCAUGGAGGGCGGGGCCGCUCCCCCGCCGCGGCCCCCGCGGGGCCGCAGCCGGGGGCGAGGAUCGACAUGUCCCUGGAUGACAUCAUCAAGCGCCACAGGAAAGAGCAAACAGAUUCCAGCACCUCGGGCGACAGCAGGAGCCAGCAGGUCAAGAACAGGAGUUCAGCCUUCGGGUACGGGCGGCCCCGUUACGGUGCCUGGAAGCAGAGGAAUUUGCAAGGACCUAACCGUUUCAGAAGAGGGUUUGGACAGCAACAAUACAAUAGGAGACAAUUCAGGAAUACUUUGCCUGGUCGCAAGAGAAGAGCAGCUGCUGCCUUCAAUGGAGUGAGCCCUUUAAAUCGCCAGGCAUCAGCUCAGGAGGGCAACAAGAACAGCAAUGCUUUUGCCAAAAGCAGCAGCAGGCAGCAGAAGGACCAGGCACAGCCAUCUCCAGGCCCCAAGAGAUUCAGAGCAGAUGCUGCCAGCACCCAGACCCCAGGGAAAAGGCCUUUCCGGCUAAACAGGGGACCAGCGUUCCAGCAGAAGCGGGCGCAGCAGUGGUUCUCCAAAGCCCGCUUCCAGAGAGGGCAGAUGGAUGCUCAAGGAGAAGGGAAACCGCCAAGGAUGAGAAGGUGGCAAGUGAAACCCAGCCCGGGAGCAAUUCUGACGGUUUCUGUGGUUAAUCCCCAGGCGGGCCAGAGCAGCGGGCCUGGAUCCAAGCGCCCGUUCCUGCGAAGCCAGAGACCCCCAGCACGGGUGACCAAGCCCCAGCCCAAGGGGGUGAUGCUGAGAUUCAACUUCCGUGCCAUGGCCAACCAGACCAGCCUGACGCUGGAUGAGAGGUUCUCUGGUCUGAGGAAUAAGAGGCGCUUUACAGCAGCCAGGAGCGCCGGACGGACGGUCACCAUGCCCUAGGACAGCGUGCUCGCCACAGGGACUGCCCCCAACAGUCCAGGCCCUGGCAGGGGCUCAAUAAAAGUUGCUAGAUUCCCUUUGAGAUAGCUGA